GAGGUGACUUACUAACGCGAAUCGAAUUUAAAUGAAAAUCAUGACGUGGAUUGGAGGAAUUUUGACUCGAUGUGGUCUUCAUAUUUGAUCAAUCAUAUAAAUUCAGCUUGAGAGACAAGUUAUGUUUUAGGCCUUUGAUAAUUAUGGAGUUUGUUCGUAAUGUUUUAACUCAUACAUGGUUGAGUCAAAAUCGCUUUUUGACAGUUCGUCACAGUUUGUAUGGGAAUGACACUCAUGAUAUGCGACUUUUUUCAUACAAAUUCAUUUAGCGUUAGUUGGUCACGCCUGACGAAAUUCGAUUUUGUCUCAGUAUGGGAUAUGGCCGUUUGUUUUUUAAAACUAGCAAUAAUUCAUUUUGACAUAUUUUUAUUUGAAACUUGAUUAACAUAUCUGUAUAUGAAUAAAACCGAAUGCAUUAGUAAUGGUAAAUAAUAAAUGGUAAAACUUGAAACGUAAUUAAAACGUAUAAUGUCCUAUCUAAACUAUUUAUGUAAUAAUCAAGGAUUGAAUAAGAGAGAGAAAAUUAUUGGAACAUGCUAUACUAUGUGUCCCCAGGAUGAAAUUUGGUUACGAAAGCGUGAAAAGCUUAUUCAUAUAUUAGAAGUCGUUGGUGAUAAUUUUAAGCUUGUGAAAAGUUAUAGUAGGUCAGCGGCAGAUGCUAACAUAGCUGUUCCUAGCCUGCUGCGACCCUACAGUGUUCUUAAGAAAACUGUAAAUUAUUUGUUACAUGAAGUGGGUAAACAAACAAAUGUACCAGUAAUAGUAAUUUAUGAUUUUUUAAAUGACAGACUAAGAGCAGUGCGUCAAGACAUGACAAUACAAAGAUUGCUACCUGAACAAUGUAUGGAAUUACUUGAGCCAAUUAUUCGAUUCCAUGUGUAUUUUGCUUACAGAUUAUGUGAAAAAGCAAUAAACGAAUUUGAUCCAGUCCUGAACAACAAAUUAUUACUUGAAUGUGUAAAGUGGUUUCUUAGCUGUGCUGAUGAAAUGGACAGACUAAACAGAUGCUUCAAUACACAUAAGACAGCACUGAGUUUGGACUUGUUAAACUUAGAAGAUAGUAAGACUAUGUGUGACAGAGUUCUUGUGGAAUGUUUAUAUAUUUUGUGCAAUAUAGAAAAUUAUCAGCCCUUGGUACGGUAUCUUGGUUUACCAAGUUAUAUAAAAAGAAAUCCACGAUUAAAGCUGGUCUAUGAGAUUGCAAUAGCUAACAUAAAGAAUGAUUUUAUUAGAGUUUGUAGGCUAUCUCAUAGAUUGUGUCCACUCACCACUUGUGUAUUUGUCAUUUACUUACCAAGAUUACAAAGAAACAGUCUACAAAUCAUGAGUUCAGCGUACAACAGCAAACAACUAACAGUACCAACAACAAUAUUACAAGACUGGAUGUUGUUCAACAGUGUUGUUGAUGUCACUGAAUGUUGCAAACACUAUGGUUUAAAUGUUGAUAAUGGAGUACAAUUCAAUAAGCUGUCUUUCAAAUGUGAUAUUGAAGCUCAUAAACCGAAGCUAAAUAAUCGGCUUACUGGAGGACAAAUUAUAAACUUACAUGAAGUUUUAACAUAUUGAGAUUAUUUAUCGGGACUUUGAAUCCCGGCUACGCAAACGAUUGUGCUAUGAAUAGUGUCGGGCACAGAAUAUACAAUAUUGGAUUUUGACAUACGGGAGUCAUACUUGUCCAGGUGUCGCUGACUGAAAGUUGAAUAAAUGAGACAACAAAAAGAAGGCUUUCCGUAUAUUACUUUGCUUGUUCCAGCAUGUAUUCAGAUAUAUGUGGUGCAAAUACUUAUUUUUAUAUUAAGAUUUUUCAUAUACCGUGUAUAACCGAGAUCU